AUGAGUUCACAGAUAUGGCUUGCUUUCACUUUCCUAAAUCUGAUAAACCUUUUGGCUAUGGUUAAAUCCCAGAAUCAUUGGUGUCUGAACAAUGGUAAUUACACGAGUAAUGACAUGUACGAGAAAAAUCUCAAUACCCUCCUCUCCUCUCUCUCUUCUUUAAUUGAUGGCAAUGGAUUUUACAGUGCCUCAAAUGGAGAAAAUUCCGAUAGAGUAAAUGCAAUGGCACUCUGCAGAGGAGACGUUCAGCUUGAUAAAUGUCGUAGCUGUAUCAAUAAUGCUACGGAAGCCCUCUUACAGUCCUGUACUUUCCAAAAACAAGCGAUGUUUUGGGCAGAGGAUGGAGAUUGCAUGGUACGCUACUCCGAUGAGUCAAUAUUUGGAAAACUUGCAACAUACACCCGCAACGCGUGGUCUAUAACAUUGAAAUCCCCAAGUCCAAAAGAGUUCAACACGGAUUUGAGAACAUUGUUGGAUAAUCUCAGCACACAGGCUGCUUAUGGUGGCGCUCUCAAGAAGUUUGCUGCUGCCAAUGCGACUGUUCCGGAUUUUUUGACACUUUAUGGACUAGUACAGUGCACUCCUGAUUUAAGCUCAGCUGAUUGUAGUGAUUGCUUAAUCCAGGCUUCUAAGAUUAUACCACAAUGUUGUAAUGGGAAUCAAGGAUUCGUAGUAUAUUGCCCCAACUGCAUUCUUCGCUACGAAAUCUAUUUGUUUUAUGAUGCUACUUCUCUGUCUGCACCACCACCACCACUGCCGCCCCCACUACGAACACCACAAGGAAAGGCCAAAUAUACAACUCAAACUAUCAUUAUUAUUAUUGUUCCAAUUAUUUUGGGUCUAAUAGUUGCUCUUUGCAUUGGUAUCUUCAAAAGGUUUAGACAAAAUCAAAAAGCAAAGGAAAAACUUGAAACUCAAAAUGAAAUUAGAACUGUCGAAUCCCUGUACUAUGACUUCAACAUAAUUAGAGCUGCAACAAACAAUUUCUCCAAUGCUAACAAGCUUGGGCAAGGUGGAUUUGGCAUUGUUUACAAGGGAAAACUAGUAAGUGGACAAGAAAUAGCUGUGAAAAGGUUGUCCAUGAAUUCGAGGCAAGGUGAUCUCGAAUUUAAGAAUGAGGUCUUGUUAGUGGCAAGUCUUCAACACAGGAAUCUAGUAAAGCUCUUAGGUUUCUCUUUAAAAGGAAACGAGCGGCUUCUUAUAUAUGAAUUUGUCGAGAAUGGAAGUCUUGACCAUUUCUUAUUUGAUCCAAUCAAGCGUCCAAAUUUGGAUUGGGAUAGACGCUAUGAAAUCAUAAGGGGCAUUGCUAAGGGAGUUCUUUAUCUACACGAAGACUCUCGACUCAAGAUCAUACACCGUGAUCUCAAAGCGGGCAAUAUCUUAUUAGAUGGAAAAAUUAAUCCCAAAAUAUCAGAUUUCGGCACUGCGAGGUUAUUCGUCCAAGAUCAAACUCAUGGCAGUACUAGUAGGAUAAUAGGAACCUAUGGAUAUAUGGCACCUGAGUAUGCAUUUCAUGGACAAUUCUCCAGUAAAUCAGAUGUCUUCAGCUUUGGCGUCGUAGUUCUGGAAAUCAUAAGUGGUCAAAAAGCGAAUAGUUUCCAAAAUGGGGAGAAUGUGGAGGGCCUCCUAAGCUGCGCUUGGAAAAAUUGGCAAGAAGGAACAGCAGCAAAUGUAAUAGACCCUACAUUGAGGACUUCUUCACGAUCCUUGCAAGACAUUAUGCGAUGCAUUCAUAUUGGUUUGUUAUGUGUUCAAGAAGAUGCAGUUAACAGACCUACAACGACGUCAAUAAUUCUUAUGCUCACUAGCCUUUCUACAGCACUACCAAUACCUUCAAAACCUGCUUUUUUUGUGUCUAGUAGCUUUGAUCCGAAAAUUUCGGUUCUUCGAGACCUCAAAUCAAUAUCAUCACAAAUCAAAGAAUCAUCAAAUAGACAGUCAUCUAAUUCUGCUUAUACUUACGGUAUGUUAGCAAUCGUCUUUCAAGAUACAACAACCUUCUUGUUUAGGAGCAGCUCAAGUAACAAGAAUGAUGAACUCGAAAAAUAUGUUAUGUACCUCUAA